CCCCCCUCCAUCACCUCCUUGAGUUUCGUUCUUUCAAACUUUUUGAGACCCUAAUUGGUGGACUCGGAGCGGCUCUCCCGGACUCUUGCCUCCUGAAUAACUCUCAUCACGUCACCAGGCCCAAGAGGGGCGUGGGGGUGAACCAAAGGGCUCCCCGAAGUUUUUUUUUCCAGCGAGGCCGAACGGGGGCUCGGUGAUGAUUGGCCAGGGCGCAUCACUGCGAGCCUGUCAAUCACGGGGCCUCCGGGUGGCGAGGGGCGGACCGAGCCCCAACCCCGGGGGAUCCGAGCAGGUAUAUAAGGGGCCCGGCAAGCGCCCGGCCAGACAGCGAAUGCGACCAGCCCGAGACAACGCAUCAGGUGCGAGUAGCCCGCGGGUUCCUGCUGACUUGGCGCGGAGCACUUCGACAAGCCUGCCUUUCCCGCCCGACCCACUGGCCCACCGGCCCCCAAGCGCCCCUCCGACGGAGUCCCCAGGCCUUUUCACGGUGGCUGCUCCAGCCCCGGGAGCGCCUUCUCCUCCCGCCACUCUGGCGCACCUUCUUCCCGCCCCAGCCAUGUACAGCCUGCUGGAGACUGAGCUCAAGAAUCCCGUCGGGCCACCCACCCCAGCGGCAGGCGCGGGAGGGCCCGCAGCCCCGGGCGGUGCAGGCAAGAGUAGCGCGAACACAGGCGGCGGAGCGAACGCAGGCGGCGGCAGCGGCGGGGGCGCGAGCGGCGGGGGCGGGGGCAGCGACCAGGAUCGCGUGAAGCGGCCCAUGAACGCCUUCAUGGUGUGGUCCCGCGGCCAGCGGCGCAAGAUGGCCCUGGAGAACCCCAAGAUGCACAACUCUGAGAUCAGCAAGCGCUUGGGCGCCGACUGGAAACUGCUGACCGAUGCCGAGAAGCGGCCGUUCAUAGACGAGGCCAAGCGACUGCGCGCUGUGCACAUGAAAGAGUACCCGGACUACAAGUACCGGCCGCGCCGCAAGACCAAGACGCUGCUCAAGAAGGACAAGUACUCCCUGCCCGGCGGCCUGCUGCCCCCCGGCGCUGCCGCCGCCGCUGCUGCUGCCGCCGCCGCCGCCGCCGCCGCCGCCAGCAGCCCGGUGGGCGUGGGCCAGCGCCUGGACACGUACACACACGUGAACGGCUGGGCCAACGGCGCGUACUCGCUGGUGCAGGAGCAGCUAGGCUACGCGCAGCCCGCGACCAUGAGCAGCGCGCCGCCGCCGCCCGCGCUGCCGCAGAUGCACCGCUACGACAUGGCCGGCCUGCAGUAUAGCCCCAUGAUGCCGCCCGGCGCUCAGAGCUACAUGAACGCCGCUGCCGCCGCCGCCGCCGCCUCGGGUUACGGGGGCAUGGCGCCCUCGGCCGCUGCCGCCGCCGCCGCCGCCUACGGGCAGCAGCCCGCCACCGCCGCCGCCGCCGCAGCCGCCGCCGCCGCCAUGAGCCUGGGCCCCAUGGGCACGGUGGUGAAGACCGAGCCCAGCUCGCCGCCGCCCGCCAUCACAUCGCACUCGCAGCGCGCGUGCCUUGGCGAUCUGCGCGACAUGAUCAGCAUGUACCUGCCGCCCGGCGGGGACGCGGCUGACGCCGCCUCGCCGCUGCCAGGCGGCCGCCUGCACAGCGUACACCAGCACUACCAGGGCGCCGGGACUGCCGUCAACGGAACGGUGCCACUGACCCACAUCUGAGCGCCGGCCUGAGCUCGCCGCCCCUCCUCCCCCACCCCGCCCCGCACCCACACGUUGGGAUGCCUUGUUGUUUAGCUUUGCUUGCCUGGGACUGUUGCCUUGUACCGAUGGUGGGGAGGACAAAGUUUUGCUGUAGCUAUCGGGUUUUGUACAAAAGCAAAAAGAAGUCUGGAGCAGCGGAAAUGGGACUUUCUAGAACUCGCUGCUGCCCCACCCUCCCCUUUUGUAGGCUGGGAAUCGCUGCGAUGUUUGCAAAGAAAAAGCAGCCCCCCUCCUCCUCCUGGGUUCCUGGGUUUUUCUGUUGCAUUUGAAAAUGUUGUCUCCUUAGUUUGCUGUUAGCCGAGGAGUGAGUGAAUGGGAGAAACGUACUCUCGGGGGAGGCUGGCCUGAGAACUGCACCAUCCCCUCCCCCGGUCGUGUUGCAUCUGUUUUCCUCGUGGGUUUUUGCGGGGCCGACCGCGCGGAGGGGCGCGGCAGCUAAGGCCAAUGUUAAUUUAUAGCCAGGUGUUGCGUGUGUCUCCCGCCUCGCCGCCCCUAGCCGCGGGACAGCUUCUGUCCAGUCCGCGUUUAGGCUGUUGAGUUGGUGACUUCUGCCGUGAUCUGUUUGAUAAAUAUUUCGUCGCGCUAAUGUAUUCGGAUUUCGUUUGGGUAGUGGGGAAGGGCUAUUUUGUUUCAGGGUUUUCAAGGUUUUACUCUUAAUUCCUAAAUGAGAGAUCAAUAAAUUUUAUAACCAACA